AUGUUGGAUGUGUUGGUGCAUAGAUUCCAACUGGAGGAUAUAUUGAAGAAGUCAAACAACACUUUGAUGCCAGUGCUGUACACCACCGACGGCAAGCUGGUGCACUCACUCAAGUCAUUGGUGCGUGAUCACAUUCUUCACUUGGUUGUGGAGAAGCGCGAGGUUGUCGAGGCACUUCUUCAAAAGGCCCAGGUGGCUGUCGAGGUCAAGCCCGUCGAGGUAAAGCCAGUGACCCCCACCACACAGUUUGAGCUCUGGCGCAAGGACUACGUGGCCGAGUCCGACUUCCUCAACGCAUGUCUCGACCUUCAGUCGAGCUACCAUCACCUCGUCCAGAUUGGCGAGUCCUAUCCCUACCGCUGCCGUCUGUUCCUGACCUCUGGCAACGCCAUUCGCAGUGCCCACGUAUGGGUCUAUCUGGUGGACCAGCCUGGCACCACCGCCAUUUCCUUUGUCGUCCACUCCAAGCAGGCACCACUCAAGGAGCUGAUCCAGAAUCAUCUGAACUCAGCCAACCUAAACCCAGCCAACUUGCUCGAGGUUGUAGAGCAAUGUUUCAAGCUCGUCGAUGAGUUCACAUCCAAGGUGCCAACACAUGAUGCCACCACCCCCUACCUGGACGACGAGCUCAUCAAGCUCUUCCCCGCUGAACACAAGGUCAUCCCAACCAUCAACGAGUCUACAUUCUAUUCAUACUGCUACAAGGAUGAGUACACUGUCGCGACCAAGACUGAGUUGCAUCAGUCGUUGGCAAAGGAGACAUUGAUGAGGAGCAAGGGAGUGGUCAGUAUGUCCACUAACCAUUUGAACAAGACACAUACGAAGGAGAUCCGUCGCGAGAAGGCCGACCUUCGCUCAUACAAGUUUGACAUAAGCAACGGCUACGAAUGCCCAAUCUGCAUGUGCGACGAUACUAACGCCGUGCAGCUGCUCUGUGGCCACACCUACUGCCGCGACUGCAUCACUCAGUUUGUUGGCAACGAGUUGGUCAUGGGCAAGGGAAACCUGGGCUCGAUCAGAUGUCCCGCCGCCAACUGCCAAGCAGUGCUCGAUCAGGUCACUCUGGCCACACUCAUGAACGCCCACCAGCUUGCCCAGAACCUCGACCAGUACUUCAACGAGUACUACCAGAUCACCAACACCAACCGCUGCAAGUUCAAGCCAUGCCGUCGCCUGGUCUACACCUACCCAAACGAGGCCAAGGUCAACCCAUACGUGCCAUGCGCCUGCAACCAUACACUUUGUCUAAACUGUGGAGACACGGCCAUCCACUGGCCCAUCCCCUGCAGCGGCUACCACGAGGACGAGCACAACGAGUUUGACAGCUUCCAGUACCUAAUCAACAACACGACCAGUUGCCCUCGCUGCAAGCUGGCCGUCGAGAGAAUCUCUGGCUGCAACCAUAUGAUGUGCUCGCGCUGCAACACCGCCUUUUGCUACGCCUGUGGUUCCUUCCGUAACGUCAACAACGAUACACACAACUGUGUGGCUGACAAGAAGCUGGCCUCUGUCGCCCAGAACGUCAUUGACUCUUUCAAGCUGGGCAAGAGCCUGUCUCCACAGACACUGCUGCGCAUGAUGAAGGCACGUCGCGAUCACAGUGCACUGGGCAAGGUACAGGGUAUCCUACAGUCCAUCCUAUCCGCUUCGAAUGACUCCAACCCGCUGUUCCAACUCUGUCGCGAGACUCUAGAGUUGCUCAUCAAGCGCAUGGACAAUACCAACCGCACCGAGGACAACAAGAUAGAGCUCACAGCUCAGAUUCAGGAGCGCAUUAGCAAGCUGUACUCCAAGACUCAGCAUGUGGCAAGACGCGAGGCCAAGCCAUCAAUCCGCGUAUCCUCUGACAAUAGUGGCGUGAUGGAGAAGACAUUGAUGUGCGACAUUAGCUUGAAUGGGUACACCAAUGUUCUGGCGCAGCUCUUUGUCAACACUCGCAUCAACAACCUCAAGUUCGAGGUGGUCAGCGCGCUAAACAGAUGUCUAAAGUCGCAGGUCGCCAUCUCUGACGCCACACUGGACAAGGUCAAUCUCUACUGCUCCAAGGGCUACAAGAUCGUCUCGACCAGCGACAUCAUGAUCAAGGACCAACUGUUUGUCGCAUUGAAUGGUGAGGCAUUCCAAGAGCCACAAGAGCAAGAUAUGACAGAGUUGCUCAAGGACAAGACAUCUGAACCAACGACAAAGAAGAAGAAGCCAACAACACAUAGAUUACAGCCUGGUCAGGAGAAGCAACCUCAACGUCACACCAAUAUAAAGGCAGUGGUGGCGGAGGAGUUGAACGAUCUCAGGACCAAUCCAGAGUACGUUGGACAACAGGAUCAGAAGGCAGUCGAUGACGAGAAGGCCAUCCUAGAGGCAAUCUGUGAAGACUUUGACGACAUGGAUUAUGACGACGAUGAAUACUAUGACGAGGAUGACGAUGAGGACUAUGAGAGUGCAGCAGCUAAAAUUGAAACAGAUGUUGACAAGGCCACCUACCGUAGACUAAACCUUGGAAAGUGGUUGUAA